CAGGACCAAAUAAAGCAGGUGUGUGUGUGAGGUAGGUGAGAUGGGGGGUGACAUUAUAUAACGGUUCUAAUAAAGUCCGUGCAGAAAUUCAAGCAGAAUCAGGGGACGAGAAGUGAGACUUCUGAAGCAGGACAUGCAAAAGAAAGAAAAAAAAGGUAUAAAAUGAAAGAGAAAAGGGAGAGGGAGGGUUAUACAAAACACCCACAUCAUGGUAGUCAGUGGAGACUCAACCCACAGCACUGAAGAGAGAAAGAACAAGCCAGAGGACACACUGACGAAAUAAUGCAUGUAGCUCCUGUUACUUUCAUAUGAGCAGACCCUGGACCUUUAAUAUGUGCACAGCAAAGACACAGAAGAUACAUGAAACAUGGUUUCCCAAAUGGGAAUAGGAAGGAUCUCCACACGGCUAUGAGUCCAUCGGAGCAUCCGCCGUCAUUAAAAUUCAGUAAUAACACACCUGCCGCCACCAAGACCACCACCUGCUUUCUCCAGAUGUCCCAGGAAACAUGGGUAGUGUCAGCAGUUUGAUAUCAGGCCAUAGCCUCCACAGCAAACACUGCAAAGCCUCCGAACACAAACCCAGGAAAGGGCUUCAUUCUAAGAAAACAGGCCGUAGUUUGGACGGCCUUCUGAAGUAUGGCUUCUCUCAGGACUGCGGCAACAACAACUCGAAAGUCAGCUAUCAUUCAGGCAAAAACGAAGACUUCUUUUACAUCAAGGUCAACAACAAUCCCAGAGCUGGUCACCAAAAUUAUAAAACAGCUGAGGGGAGUGAAGGAACAUCAGCUGAGAUGGACAGGAAUGGAGGGCCACCAGAAUUAAUUCCUCUGUCUGGGAAACUAGAAAAGAGCAUAGAGAAGGAUUUGAUCCGGCCCACUGCCUUCAAACCGGUCCUUCCCCAUAGUAGCAGUUCCUCGGUGGAGACUCAUAACAACCUGAGCAGUAUCUUGGGAAGGAGAAUCAGUCCCACAGACCGACUCAAAGACCUCCAAGACCCAAAGCCGGAGACAAACUUCGGAACAUACUCGGACUCUGGACGUAACUCGAUGUCGAGUCUGCCCACCCACAGCACCAGCGGCAGCAGUCAGAUGGACAACCUAAGCACCUCAACAGGUCACAUGGUGCGCCACGGAGGCGCGACCCACAACGUAGAUACUUGUCAGAACUCGCAGGGUUGUGUCUCAGGUGUGAAUGGAAACUCGAGUUGGAUGUGUAGCGGGACUAAAAUGAUCAGCGGAAACUGUUGGGUCAAUGGGAACAGUGACACAAGCAGAAGUACAGAAUCCACUAGCGCCAACACGAGAUCCAUUGGUGUCCUCAGUGAAAGCGUGGCGGCCGCGAUGAGUCUGAACAGAGAAAUAACUGCCGCAGCAUUGACUGUUUCGCCCACUGAACUGAGGCUUGACUUCUCUGGAAACCAAGAGGCGCUGAUGGAACACAGAUUAACGAUUUCAGAGCAAAGCCAGACAAAACCGACAGCUUCUGGGGGCUGUAUCCGAUCACCGAUCUCGAUGGAUGAAUCACUGAUACAUCAGCUGGAGCAGAAACUUCUGGAACGUGAAACCGAGCUGGCGGAUUUACAGACGAGUCUCGAAGAGAAAGAGUCGGACACGUGUCAGCUGUUUGAGGAGAAGCAACGCUACUGCGCAGAGGAGAUGGAGGGGCUGAAGCAACGGUGUUCUACAAAACUACGUCAAGUAUCCCAGAGGGCUGUAAGAGCCCAGCAGUUAUUGCAGCUUCAGGUGAUCCAGCUCCAGCAGGAUAAAGAACGUCUGCAGGAGGAAGUGGACCAGCUCAACCAUGAGAGGAACACGGCAGAAACCCGACUCCGUACCUACGAGAGCCAGAAAAAACAUCUAGCACCCACAUUAGAAGAGUCACAGUGGGAGGUGUGCCAGAAGUCAGGUGAGAUUUCGCUGCUAAAGCAGCAGCUCAGAGACUCCCAGGCUGUGGUCGGCAACAAACUGAGUGAGAUCGUCGCUCUCAAAGCUGCUCUUAAGGUGUCUAAAAACAAGCUGGAAGAGCUGGAGCAGAAGAACAAGGAGUUUGAAGAAACUCUUCGCCAGCGAAGCACUGAGGUCGAGGUAUGCAAGAACGAGUUCCAAAGAAAGAAAAACGAGGCCAUGCUCCUCAGGGAGAAGGUGAGCGUGCUGGAAACAGACAUCCAGGGUAUGAAGCAGGAUCUUGCGGUGGCCAAAGAGGAGCAGCAGCAACUAAUGACCAUGAGAGCCAAGGUGGAGGAGCAACAGCUGCAACUCAAGAUAAGCCAAGCCAGGAUGGAGGCCUUCGGAGUUGGUCAAGCCAAAACUAGGACCCAGGAGGGAACAGGAACUGGUAAAACGCUGAAUCAGAACGGGGCAACCGUAGACAUAGAUACUCUACAGAAGGAGGUUGAGAGGCUCAGGGGAGAACUGAAAGAGGAGAAACAAAAGAAACAUAAAAUGAUGAAUAGCUUCCAGCAAGAGAGACAAACAUGGAAUAAAGAAAAAGAUAAAGUAAUCAGAUACCAAAAGCAGCUGCAGUACAACUAUCUGCAGAUGUACAGAAAGAACAAAGAUCUGGAGAAGAUCCUGAGGGAGCUGACGGCUGAGAUGGACAGCAGGACAGACGUGGACGUGGACAGCCACAGCUCGGAUCUGAACUUUGAUAAAAUUGUAGCAACUGAGAUAUGAGAUUAUGUGUUUCUUUCUACACCAUCGCAGUCACCUUACUAAGGCUUACAAUGUUCUUCAGGCAUUUCAAGGAUGUGACAUUGCAAAGGAUGAUGGACACACAUUUCUCAUGAAACAAAAUGCAGAUUUCCUAAAGCAAAAAUAAAGGGAAUAAAAACAAUGUCUUCAAGUCGUCACAGGAUUCUCUAACCUCAAGACUUGUACAGACCCCCAAAACCUUUUCACCAACUUUCAAUGAAUCUGUGCAGACCCAACCAAAGGCUUUCCACCCCUUAUUCCUCCAAGCAAUCUGUGCUUCUUGCCUAAACCUGUAAUUAUUUGGGGGAUCCGUUGACAGAAAUGCUAUAUAAUAUACAUAACUAUGUCUUCAGAGGUGUAAAAAGAACUAGCAUAAUGAAGCGUUAUGUUUUUAUUACCUUAGAAGAAGCUAACAAAAGCUAACAAAGCUACAAACACUGUGGGUCCCCUUACAUGGAAUUCACCAUGUUGUGUCAGCCGUUGUAGUGCUUUAAAAGGGACGGUUGGAUUGAGACGUUGGUUGCAAUUUGGUGCCUCGCCCCUAGAUUUCACUGACUGGGCCUUUAAGCAAUUAUUUAGUCUCACUGUAGAGGGCGACAAUAAGUUGUGAAUGUUUUAUAUGUCGUGACUGCUAUUUUUGCACUCUCUUUCUCUUAUAUAAUAUGAAUCUUUGUCACCGAUGUGUUGGCAGACGGGCGUAUAGAAAAAAUGUGUACACUGGGAUAUAGCUCAUAUAGUGACUUGACGUUACAUCAUUGUUGUAAAGGUAAAGCACACUUCACAGAUCAGUCCAGAUGGACUCCACUAGGGAUGCUCAUUUCACAGUGCGUUAUGAGCGUGAUUGUGGCGCGUCUACAUUUAAAACAACGAACUUGAGCUUGAGCAAGGCUGCCAGUGACGCACUCCGUUUGGAGGACUAAACACAUUUGCAAAUGUGGCCUCAACAACCAGAUGAAUUACAGGUACAAUUUGAACAUCCCUACACUCCAUACCGCAAAGCUCACUGUUGUUCAGUUUGACCAUUACAUACUUCAGUCUAUAUGCUGAAUCUAAACAAUUUUAUACUUGGCUAGUCGAGUUAAAAAGAGCACUUGAGCAUAUGAGAGACCAGCAGUCUCUGUGCAAGUCUGAAAUCUACCUAUUGUAAACUAGAGUUCUUGCUGAAGUUUAAAACUAAACUACUUUGCAUUGACUUUGUAUGUAAUUUACUCGCGCAAAUGAUAAAAUUCGCUUCUGGUGUGUACACACCAUAUGGUUCAGAGCAGUCGUAGUCUUGUUUUCAAAGCAGUUACAAUUUUAUGGCAAAAUCCAACAAAUUUAACUUAAGGUUGGUUUAGAUAAGACACCUUUAGUCACCUCUCUAAUCUACGAAAUAUAUGAAUACAAACUAUGACUAAGAUUAUUAGUACUGUGGUCUGUAUUCACAAAAUAAAAGUCCACAUAUACUACAUUUAAAGCCACUCUAUAGCUUCGAAGAACAAACUUUAAUUGUUUAGUGAAAAUGUUCAUGGUACGACUCGAAAUUUUUUGGCUGGUUACUCUUUUUCUAACGUCUGGCAUCGUAACACACAGGUAAAGGGCAAAAAUAGCAUCUGAAGUCAAACCUGUCACAGUUUGUAAUUUUUUCAAUUCAACAUUCUUAUACAAGUUCUUGAAGACAUGAAAGAAAACGCAGAUAUAAGGUUUAAAUUUAGGUCUGUUCCUCAUAAAGCUAUUGUAGGGCGAUGCUUUUUGCCCUUUGUGGAAACUGGCAGUUUAUAUUCAUAUAUAACUCAAACAUCACGUUUUGCCUUUUACAAAAGAAUGAAGUAUUUAAGACUUUUCAAUGAACUAUUUCUUUCUAAAAUAUAACAUUGUCCAAACAAUUUUGUAAUUUUUUUAAGUAUAUUGGAGCAGUACUGUAAAAGUCUAAAGGAACCUUCCACAGAAAACAAGGAAAUUGCUCUUUAAGCGACAGAGAUAUUCCUUUACUCUUCAUAAAUGCGGGAGUUUGAAAUUAAAUUCAAAGUCACCUCAAACUUAACGCUACAAUGGGUCAUCUAGCAACAACGAUGCUUACAAAAGCAGAGUACAAACACAAAAGACAGAACAUAUAGCUAGAGGUGGUAUGCAACAGAUAAUGAGUUCUGUGUCAUUUGCAGCACAUACUGUACUAACAACAGUCAAGUCUGAUGCAUUUUAAUUGUGCCGCUGCCAAAUUGUAACUCUACCAUAAUACACACAUAACAAAUCUGCUUGAAAUAAUAAACAGAAAGACAGAUGUACAGCAGAAAGCCUGCAACAUUUUGUUUUCACAAAUUGGGUACCCAGUGUUGUACAUCAUGCCAUUUUUCCAUAAAGCUGCCUUUUAUAUUAUCAUCCUCAGAGCUACCAGGAGUCAUAAUUUGAAGAAAAGAAAAACUGCAUAAUCUUAUUUUUGAUGGUUAUGAUGGGUGGCUGACUGGCUGUGGGAUGUAAGACUUGCAUUUUAAUGCAUGUAUGUGUUGUAUAUUUCUUAUUUAUUUAUUUUGA